UGUUAAAAUAACACGAAACUCAAUUAAAAUAUAAACAAAACUAAAACAAUAAAAAUAGUAAAACUAGCGACAAUUUAUGUAGCAUAUCUAUUUCCUUAUUGACAUAACUUUAAAUAAUAAUUCGCGAACAUGUGUGUUAAUUGAAGUGACGUUUAUUAAAUAACAAAAAGAGUAGAAUGACCAGUGUAUUUUAUUUUGUUAUUUAAUAUAAUUGUACACAAUGUUUCGGAGUCGAAGUUGGUUUGGUGCAUCUUGGGGAAGGCCUAAAAAUCCCCAUUCUUUGGAGAGGUUAAAAUAUCUACAUAACAUUCUGUCUAAAAACACAACUGUAUCAGAGAGUAACCGUGGUACCCUCGUGGAAUCUUUAAGGUGUAUUGCAGAAAUCCUGAUAUGGGGUGACCAGAAUGACAGCUCUGUGUUUGAUUUCUUUCUAGAGAAGAACAUGCUCUCUUAUUUCCUUAAGAUAAUGAGACAAAAAUGUGGAGGAUCGUCUUAUGUAUGUGUUCAGUUAUUGCAGACAUUAAACAUAUUAUUUGAGAAUAUUAGGAAUGAAACAUCUUUAUAUUAUUUACUAAGUAACAACCAUGUUAACUCAAUAAUAGUUCACAAGUUUGAUAUAUCUGAUGAAGAGGUAAUGGCAUAUUAUAUUUCAUUCUUGAAGACUCUAAGUCUGAAAUUAAAUAAUCACACCAUACACUUCUUUUAUAAUGAGCAUACAAAAGAUUUCCCGCUGUACACCGAGGCAAUAAAGUUUUUCAAUCAUCCUGAAUCAAUGGUUCGGAUUGCGGUGCGCACUCUUACCUUGAAUGUAUACAGGGUGCAAGAUGCCAGUAUGCUUCGAUUUAUAAGAGAUCGGACUGCAGCGCCUUAUUUUAGUAACUUAGUUUGGUUUAUCGGAAAACAUAUAUUGGAACUAGAUGCAUGCGUCAGGAAUGAUGCUGACAAAUUAUAUCUUUUUAGCCAUCAAUCUCAACAAAAAUUGGACGACUUGGUUGCGGAACAUUUGGACCAUUUACAUUAUAUAAAUGAUAUUUUAUGUCUGAACAUUCCCGAUCUGAAUGAUGUUCUUACAGAACAUUUGUUACACAAACUGCUCAUCCCUCUAUACAUAUAUUCUUUGACUUCUGAACCGACAAAAAGACCUGUCACUUCCUCCCCAUAUAAUAGAGAUCAUAUUCAGAGUAUAGAAGUUAUUACGAGAAACUUGGAGGCUAUUUUAAAAGGCAAAAACACUGAAACACCAACGAGAAUGAACUAUCCAAUACAAAGAAUAGAAUCAGAAGAGGAAACUAAACCUUCAGUAUCUUGUGUUGUGGCAUUAUUCUUAUUAUCACAAGUUUUCUUAAUAAUAACUCACGGUCCAAUAGUUCAUGCUUUAGCCUGGAUUAUAUUGCAAUCAGAUUUAUCAGUAUUCGAAGAAGGUGCAACUAAAAUAUUAGAAAUGUAUUUAAGUAAAGCAAAAACUAAUGUCAAAUUGGAAUUCUCAAAACCACAAUUAAGUUUAGAGAAAGCUCUAGAAACAUCCGGACAAGAAAGAGAUUACACAACACCGGAGUACAGUGGUGCUAAAGCUUUUGGUUAUGACACAGAUCAUUCUAGUUGUGACCUUGAUCCAGAACUUGUGUCCACUUCCCUACCAUCUACGUCACAUAUAAGUGAAACAUCCAGUAUAGCUAAUGAUUCCACUGAAGAUUUAGUAACGCAAAUACAUAGUAUAAAAUCGAUAGUUGCAGCACAAAAUAUGCCAGAUUCACCAUUACCGGAUUCCGGUAUUGAUUCUAGCUCGUCUAAAACAUUGUCAGAUUUAAAUAAUAUCACCGAUGAAGAGAAACAGAAAUUACUAGCUGUAUUACCCAGUACGUCAGCUGAAAAGAAUAUGAGUAUAGAAAAUAUUUUAGAUAAAGAAUCAAAGGAAAUUGAUAAGAGACCAUUCUUAAAGACAGUUCUAGAAUCUUUGGAUUGCAGUGAAAAUGAUUAUAAAGCGUUAUUCGCUUUAUGUCUAUUAUUUGCUUUGAUAAAUAAUAAAGGAGUGAAUACUGAGUUAUUGGAUACUUUGCUAUGUCCUGAAGAAGAUACCACAUCAAGGAAUUCAACCACAAGUAUUCAGGAAGGAACAGAUGUCGCUAGUGGGCAAAGAGAUACUCCAGUGCGAUCGAAGCGACCUCUACAGAGUUUCAAUGCGUUUCUAAUUAAUAAGCUAAUGGCUAUCGCUAACCUUAGUUGUAAACCAGCAUCGAAAGUGAGAUUGGUGACUUGUGAGCUGAGUGUGUGUUUGUUGCGCGUGGCGCUGCAAGGCACGCGCGGGGUGCCCAGCCCGCAGCACAUCGCCGCAGCGGAGUCGUUACGUGCCCGCGCCGCAGCGUUAGCUAGGAAUUUCUACAAAUGUGAUGAUAUCUUUCUAGAUAUGUUCGAAGAUGAAUAUUGUGAAAUGAGCAAACGUCCAUUAAACGUAGAAUGGCUGUGUAUGGACGCCGCCAUCUUGUUACCGCCCACACGCACGCCCAUGUCCGGGAUUGCGUUCGCGAAACGACUUCCCAGCGGAGAGAUGGAGCGAGCUCGUCGCGCGAUACGAACGUUCUUCCUCAUCCGAGAUUUGCAUCUGAAGUUGACUGAGCGCGCCGACACUCAGCUGCCGCUCGCCAACCCCGGACACUUCGUGCAGGUCGGCGACGUCCUUGACCUCAACGAUUCAGAUCUGAUCUCGUGUGAUAUAAUACAGAAGGACGGCACUUGGCACCACAGGUUCCUGGCGGUGGACCACUUUCAGAUCAUCCUGGUGGAGCCCGACAAGCAGAAAAUGGGCUGGGGCGUGGCCAAGCUUGUCGGUAGUUUGCAGGAUCUAGAAAUCCAAGGAGACAAGGAGGACCCUCGUUGCCUGCAGCUGACGGUGCAUAAGCCGCGUGUGGGUGCGGGCGCGCCUCCCCGCACCGUGCUGCUGCGGGCUAAGUUCAAGUUUGACGACCACAUCCGUAGCAUGGCCGCCAAACAACGCCUUACCAAGGGUCGUACGAAAGCCCGUCAGAAGAAGAUGCAGCAGAUCGGGCGGCUGCUGGAGGUGUCGGGCAUCUCCGCGCCCGCCUUCGCCACAAGACAUCGCCCGCUCUUCACAAGGCCCGGUCUUUCUGCCGUCAGAAGAUCUUCAGGUGGUGACGGUGAGGAGUGUGAGCGUCGCCUGCGCAGACCGAGCGGACACGUGCUUAAGGACGGCAUCGUUGUCUACCGCGAGAGGACCAGCAGAGAGAGUUUUAUGUACUGCAGUAGUAUAUCGAGAAGCAGCAGUACGCAGGGAUCACGAGAAGGUUCUCCUCGUCCUCGCUCAGAAGACAUACCUUUAGAAGAUAUAAGAAGAAACAUGGCCGCCGCAGUCACGCCUGUCACAACACAGAGCCAACCAAGUACAUCGAGAGAAGCUUUGAAAGUAGUCACAACGUCGUCUGAGGAAACUUCCUUCAUAUCUGGAGAAGUUCCUCGAUACAAGAGAAAAGGAAUCGUUGAAACUAUAUGAUAUUAGCCUUUAUUAUCAAGACAAUAAGGUAUGAAUUCAAAUGUUUUAGACAGCACUUGAUUCUUCAUAUUGUAAAAAAAUCUAUGUAAUAGAUUGUAGAAUGUCUCGAAGUAUGGAACUGGUUAAGGUGUUUGGUUAUCAAAGUUAUGUCUUGAGGUUUUAUGUGUUGGAUUACAGGAUACUUAAAAAACGAAGAUUAUUUUUUUUC